AUGGAUCCCUUCUCUUCAUGGGAUUGGGUCCCCUCUCCUGACCCACCGACAUCACCGCCGGUGGUCAAACCCCCGCCAGGGAGCUCUUUUAUGAGUUACACUGGGCCCUCUUCUUCUUAUUUUCCUACUGAGCGUGGCCAGCACAAACCAAGCUUGCAGUUGAAUGUGAUGGAGUUUUUGAAGAAAAUACCAGUUUCAAAACAAGAGGAUUAUAAAGAGCAGAAGGACAACCGUGUUUUUAAACGAAUGACGAGAGAGCGGUUGAGACGAGAGAGGUUAAGUCAGGGUUAUGCUGACUUGUAUUCUAUGCUUCCUGGCUUAAUUAUAAAGAAGGUUACUAAGAACUCAAUUGUUGACUCGGUAAUUGAAUAUUUGAGGGAUAUGGAAGCAAAUGUGGAAGGAUUGAUGAGACAUAACAAGGAGUUAAAAGAGAAGAUUGGAAAGGAUGAAGAGAAGGGAGAGAUGAAGUUCAAGAUUAGUGUUGGUGAAACUUCUACUGCCAUUGAUUCAGUGAUUGAAACUCUAAGAUGUUUGAAGGAAAUGGAUGUGAAGGCUCACUCAAUUAUAUCUGAAUUCUCAAAGGAAGAAGGUUAUGUGGUGGUUGGAGUUGAUGAUUCAAAGGCGGCAGUUGCUGAUGCGUAG